AUGUCGGUACCAGAAAAGUCGAACGCCCACGAAGUCGACGUGGAGACCAUGGACACUCCACAACUGUCUCACAAGAAUAAGAACUUAGAGGAAGAGAAGCUCUUCGACAACUCUAAGCAGUUUGUGAUCGAUAGAGAGAAUCUUUACAAAGACAUUUCGGAUGAAGAAAUUAAGCGUACCGUGAGAAAAAACGACUGGAUCCUCUUGCCCGUUCUCUUCUUCACCUGUACCAUGGGUGCUGUUGAUAAGGUGUCUUUAAGUACGGCUGCUAUCUAUGGGUUGCGUACAGACACUCAUUUGCAUGGUCAACAGUACUCUUGGUUGGGGUCCAUUAUCUUUAUUGGAUCAUUAGUGGGUGUUUGGCCCGUUUCUUUCUUGUUGCAGAGAUUUCCCCUUGGAAAGGCAUUAGCCACUGCUUCAUUCUGUUGGUCUGUAUUGACAUUAUUGUUGGCAGCAUGCAACAAUUAUGCCAGCUUGGUAUCACUUCGAUUCCUUAUGGGUAUUUUUGAGACUGCUAUCGUUCCCGGGGCAACAUUAAUGAUUGGUAGAUUCUACCUCAAGAAAGAGCAACCAGUGCGUUUGGGUAUUGUGUUCAUGUUUGCUUCGUCUGUCAUCAAUGGAUUCUUGUCAUGGUUGGUGGGUAACUUUGGAGAUUCACUUCCAAAGUGGAAGUACUUGUUCCUCUUGACAGGAUCGGUGUCUGUUGCAUGGUCGAUCUUCAUCUUAUUCUUCUUGCCAAAUUCCCCCAUGAACGCUGUUUACUUGACUGAUCGGGAGAAAUACAUCAUGGUUCAGAGAGUCUUGCAAAACAAGACCGGAGUAGAAACCACAGACUUCAAGUGGUACCAGGCCAGAGAAGCAGUUUUAGAUAUCAAAGCCUAUAUUAUCUUCUUCUUCAAUGUGGCCAUCAACAUUCCCAACGGCGGAUUAUCUACAUUCUCUGGAAUUAUUAUCCAUAACCUUGGAUUCGAUUCCAAGCAGUCGUCGUUGAUGACCAUCCCCACAGGUGUGGUAGCUUCACUUGCAACUAUCACCUUCAACUACUUUAGUGGACGUUUGCACAACAAGAGAUGCAUUAUUGCCAUCACCUCGUUAUUGUUGCCAAUAUGUGGCGCGGCCAUAUGUUACGGAGUGAAGAGAAACCAUGUUGGCCCUCAGCUCUUGGGAUUGUACCUCAUGUACUUCUAUUUCUCGUCAUACGUGACGAUGAUCUCCUUGUCUCAGGCAAACACGGGAGGAAAUACCAAGAAAGCUGUCACUUACGGAAUCAACUACCUUGGUUACGCUACUGGAGCACUCAUCGGACCCCAGACAUUCCGUGCCUCCCAAGCACCUAAGUACACUGGAGGAUUCAUCUCCAUGUUAGGAGCAUACUGUGCAUGCAUCUUCUUUGCUGUGAUCUACUGGAUAGUGUGUACCGUGGAGAACAAGAGAAAGACAGCGGCACUUUUGGAAUGCUCUGCUAUUGAAGCCGAAGUAGGCCACUUGGACGAUGAAACCUUGUACUCUGACAUUACUGAUAAGGAGAAGCGGGACUUCAUGUAUACCAAAUGA